ACGUCAUUACGCGUCGACGGUUUCAGCACGCCGUUGUGCAGCAGCAUCUGGAAGCUUCUGGAUCCGCGAUGGUGUCUUUAUAAUAACGAAGCGGAGCUCACACACAUUAUUGUUAAUACUGCUGGGAAACGUUUUGACACACAUCUAUAUAACUUCUACUUUUACCGCUGAACUUUGGCACACAGCAUUUCCGAAGAUGGCAGAAGGCAGGGGUAACAGGCAACACCCCCGUAAUUUGCAAGGUGUGCUUCGUAUGGCUGUGGAGGCCGGCUCUGCUUCUGACGGUCCGGCUCCACCAGAACCCAUGACACAAGAGAGGAUUGAGUUUCUGAGAGGAGCUCUAGCGGAUGUGUGUAAAGGACAGAUGGAUGAGGUGGAGCAGAUGAAACAGUGUUUGGAAGUGCUGAAUAGAGAUGAAUGCAGGGUGGGAGAAGAGGAGGAAGAAGAGGAGGAUGAGCGAGAGGAAGCACUGGAAAUGCUUUCUGAGCUCUGUGAGAACCUGGACAAUGCGAGAGAUCUGAUGAAGCUGGGUGGCCUGGAUUUGUGUAUAUCACGGUGUCUCUGUCACUCCGAGGCGGGAAUUCGCUGGAGAGCGGCUCAGCUCAUUGCCAGCUGUGCCCAGAAUAUGCCCGAGGUGCAGUUCUACCUGCUCAACCAGGGGGCGCUACUGACACUCCUGCAACUCACAGAUCAUGACGCAAACAGCACAGUUAGAGUUAAAGCACUCUACGCGGUGUCCUGUUUAGUCCGGGAACAGGAUGAAGGUCUGCGGGACUUCCUGUCACAUGAUGGUUUUUCAGUGCUGAUGAGGGGGAUGCAGUCAGACAGUGAGAAACUGAGAACUAAAUCAGCGUUCCUUCUCCUCAACCUCCUGACCAGUCACCCAGAACACAAAGAUACAGUGUUGUCUAUGGGGAUGGUUCAGCAGCUGGUGUCAGUUCUUCGGUCCCCUCAUUCCUCUGUACAUGAACAUGUACUUGGUGCCCUCUGCUGUCUGGUUGAGGACUCUCCUCGCGGUGUGAGUGAUUGCAGAGAUCCAUCGCUGGGCUUGGAGGAACUGCUCAACCAGCGAAUGCAGGACCUAAGGGGACGAGAGGAGAGCCUGGAGGAGCUGGAAUUUUGUGAACGUUUACGAGUGGCUUGUUUCCAAGGGCAACCCCUGGAGGACAGUGGAAUGGAUCGCUGAGGUCUUACUGGUGAUUCCUGCUGCGCAGUGAUAGGCUAACAUAAAAGAUGCAGCCCGAGUUUGUAUUUCCUCUCUGUUUAAGAGAGAAAUAAAAACUAGAAAUAGAACUGAUCAAGAGAUAAACUUGAAAGAGACUUCAACUCUGAAUAUUCAGAGUUCAGUUUUUGGCCCGCUAUGUGUGCAUGUGCAAACUCAUAUUCCAUGAACUGUACACAAACACUCUUGUGUUAUAAUAUGAAUAUGUACAUUUUUGUAUAUGUCAAUUUGUUAUUUUAAAUUAUAUGCUGUUUAGACUCAACUUUCUAAAUGUUUAUUCUUCUUUACACCCGAUCAACCACACAAAUACAAAACCAUAAUGUUUAACAAAUAAUUUGUAGAUUUAAAAUAAAGAGUGUUAUGAUUCAAA